CUUGAACUCCACACGUGGUUGCAGAAAGCCCCUUGAUGCGCACCAUCCGGACAGGAGUUCGUUUACCGUCCUUCGUGCUCUUGAAUAAGGAAGAAAUCAAACCUGCUCUCAAUUGGGAUCCGGAUCACGUAGCCAUUCAAGACGCGAAAUGGGUGAGAAGUUAUGGUCGCUGCGAUGGUCCCAGAGAUACGAUGGAAAAGUGCAUUGACUUCCGAGGUCGAUUGGCCUGGGCAUAGCACAAGUCUGACAUGCUUUGCGUUCUCGGGCACAGCAACGUGCGCUGCAGCUGUUUUUGCUGUACCUAAAAUCUCGGACAACUCUGUUAUCCUCUCAAGAUAGGAGGCGAUACCGCCCUUGGCAUAAAAAAAGCUCAGGCUUCCCCCCUUUUGAAGCAGCGUCCUUCCGAAAUAAGACAAGCCUAUAUAUAAGCUCACUCCGUGUGAUCCGGCCAAGGAUUCUCAGAGACCGCAGCGAAUCCUGGUUCUGCGACUUCUUCAAUAGACAUCUGAAAUCUUGUUGCUCAGUCACAAGCAUGGGAAGGUGGAUGUGACUUCUGCAUUUGCACGCACAGAGCAGAUUGCAGGUUGCAAAUCGAGAGUUCUGCACACUUCGAGGGCGUGCGAGCAACAUAUCGAACAAGAUUUGAUCACCUUUUCCCUCUUCUCAAUCAGUCCUAGAGAAUAUCGUGCUGAAGGGACGAAAGUCGAAUAACGCAGUCUGCCAACGUGUGUUCAUCGUGUUGAACAUGCGGGUAUCAUUCACUUUCAAGCAUAAUUAUUCAAGAAAUAAAUGAACUUCAUCCCAUAGGCUCCUCGAUUGUCAUAAAGCUGGUCGUACCUUGCAUCUGCUUAUCGUGUCAUAGAACGAUGGAUAAAGGUAGGAUUUCUGAUAAUGUUCUACCCAGCAGCGUAAAAAAGUAUCCCUUACAUCCUGAAGCGCUUCUGGAACGACAGACAUCUUGUGUCAGCACAAAAAUCUCUGUUUGUAACGCGAGAUUAUCGGCUGUCUUGGAAAGAAUUGAUCCUAGAGAGACCCAAGCUGGAACCGAGAUUUCCCGAAUGCUUGGCCUCAAUCAUAUCCACACCAACAAGCUGCUAUCUUCUUGGCUUAUCUGCCAGGAUGAAUCCACGCUGGUGCUCGAGUGCUCAGUGGUGUUUCUGCGAUUCACUAUUCCGAGUGUUGGGAUGUUGCAGAGUGGCUGGUAGCUAUGAACCGGUAUGAAAUCCUUUAUCAUUUCCUUUGGAAAGCUCUGUAAAUUGCACAGGAGAAGCAGCCAGUUCGGAAUUGCGUGGCAUUGACAUGUGAGGCUCAAGCAUUGGCUCGGGGAAUUGAAGGAGAUUUUAUUUUGUUUUCAG